UUUUUAUAAAACAAAAUUUAUUUUCAAACGUCGCGUUUUGUUUAAGUGUAUAAUCUACAACAUAUUCAAAAUGGCUAUAAAGAUUAUAAUGUUUGCCGCUUUAUUUGGGCAUUUAACCGUUGCAUACCAACCCACUGAGUACAAAAGUUACAGCGCUGAUCACUACGAUUAUGCAUCUAAGCCAUAUAAUUUCGAGUACGGUGUGAGAGAUCUUCACACACAUGACAUCAAGAGCCAACACGAGGUGAGUGACGGACAUGGUAACGUCAAAGGAUCGUACCGUCUCGUAGAACCCGAUGGAUCCACCCGCGUGGUCGAGUACACCGCUGACCACGAACACGGUUUCAACGCUGUUGUCAAAAAGAUCGACGCACCCAAUUACCACGGCGAGUACGCUGACACCACCGAUUAUCAUCGUCAUCAUCACAAGUCACUUCAUCCGUACGAACAUUCAUCGCACAAGUUUUAUUGAUAUUAAAAAAAAAAAACAAAAAAAAAAAAACGCUGAUUUUACUGGAAAAUGUGUUAUCAAACCGUUGCGCUAUUAAUACUAAUAAUACUACAGAUUAUUUGGUAUGCACGUCAUGUACAUUUUUUUUAUUAAAUAAAAAAUUCCUUCAUUGUAAUCA